GGCUGGCAGCGCAGUCGCUCCACACUAGAUGAGCAGCAGAGCUCCAACUUAAAGGAAUAUGUCCACAUCACAACCAUCAUGAGGGGAAGACCGAGACCACAGAAGACGCGAGACUGUGUGCCGUUGUGCUGAGAGAAGCCCAGAGUGGAGCCCAGGUCCUGUUGUGGGCUAAUUAAAUCCCCGCAAUCACUGGCCUCCCGCCUCCCUUCCCCUGGUUGACCAGAACCAGACUGUCCUGAGGAGGACGGCAUCCUCGCCUGCCUCCAUCCUCUGCCUCCUCAUGUUCCUUCAGGCGGAGCGGAGGGCAGCGCGAGCACAAGCAGCCUGCUGCUCACACACGCCUUGACGGGGAUGGCGCUCCAGAAGAGGCUGGUGCUCGGCGUGUUGACCGUCGGCUCCCUGCUGGUUGUCUACAUCCUGUGUGUGAACCUGGAGAGGCCUCUGUCCUGGUCCAGAGUGCCCCUGAAACACUUCAAUGGCUUCAUACAGGGAGCGGGCAGCGGCUCACGAGACUCUGAGGAGCCUCUUGACAGAAAGAGUAACAGUGACCGGUGGAGCCGCCCGCCCCCCGCCUCCACCUUUCACCCAGAGCUCACAGUUCUGCAUCAACACACGCGUGCCACACAGACUCCAACCUUAAAGACUCAAACAUCCGCAGCUGAACACAAAGCGGCAGAGAACGAGGCCCCGAAUGUGUCUAACAGCAGCUCCGGGUCUGAUCGUGAGGCUGAGACCGGCACUAAAGGCCCCACAGUGAAGCCUCGGCAGCCCACACAGGCAGCCGGACCCACAGAGCCUCCCUUCAUCGGAGACACUUACAUGAGUGGAGACAUCCCACCACAAACGGACUGCCCAGACGGUGUCCGAGGUCGGGUCGCAAAAACUGAAUUUGGCGGGAGAUUUCUGAAGCACAUUCCGGUCCUGCAGUGGGCCGAACACGUCACUCGUGAGCAGCACCAGCGUCUGAGCCGGUACCCAGGAGCCCACGGCUGGGGGGGACUCGACUAUGCAACGCUGGUGGAAACUCUUUCUGUCCUCAACUCUUCUGCUAACUGGCAGAUGUUGGACGACUGGAAGGAUCGCAGAAAUAAAUCAGAGUGCAGCCGCUGUGCUGUGGUGGGGAACGGUGGGAUACUGAAGGAUUCAAAGAAAGGGAAGGAGAUCGACGCCCAUCACUAUGUUUUCAGGACCAACGGGGCCAUCAUUAAGGGCUUUGAGCAGGACGUGGGCUCUCGGACCACCCACUACACAUUCUCCACCAAUACGCUGAUGAACUCCAUGAGGAGCUACGCAGGCGCCGGGUACAGGGGACCCCCCCUUUCUAAGGAAACACGGUACGUCUUCCUGCCAGAUCACGACCGGGACUACCUGCUGAUGAAGGCUGCAGCGACACACACUCCUGUACCGAGAGGGCCCGAGCGCACCAAAGAUCCAACCAAGUACUUUGGAGAGGACGUGUCAGCAGAGAAGUUGAAGAUGUACCACCCAGAUUUCAUCCGUUACCUCAGAAACAGAUUCCUUCGUUCUAAUGCUCUGAAAACCAGAUAUAAGGACAUCUACCGUCCGUCUACAGGAGCUGUGAUGCUGCUGGCUGCACUGCACACCUGCGACAAGGUGAGCGCCUACGGCUUCAUGACCCCGGACUAUAAGAACUACUCUGACCACUACUACGACAGCAGCUACCACCAGGUGGGCUUCUUCAUCAACCACGACCUGCGUAUGGAAAUGACUCUGUGGCAGCAGCUGAACCAGGCGGGACUCAUCCGACUGUACAUGCACAAGUGAAUUCAGGUCAAGCGGAAACGACGUCAUCCCUUCACCAGCACGGGAACGUGGUAGCAGGAAAAAUGACGACUCUGCUGAGAGCAGCAGAAGUUUUCUUUUCCUGAAGAAACAAAGAUUAAUUCAAACAUUUCAUUCCACCUGAAAACAUGUUUUUUGGUGAUUUGUGAGUCAGAGUAGGUCCAGACUUUUAAAACCAGACGAAAUGGCGAAAAAGAUCAGCUGGCUGAUAAUUCAUGAAUGCAUCAUCAUUUAAUUUGGUAGGUAAUUAGGUCUUCAGAGGAUGAAUCUUAACGACUUUGAUCUCCUGAUUCUUCAUCCUGCUCCUUCAUCAGGUUAGAAUUUAUUAAUCAAAAAAAUGUAUUUGUCCAAUAUUUCAUGACUAAAUAUCAACAUUGACCUCCGCUACUUCGCUAAUAACAAAAUGUUAGCAUGCUAACCCGCUAACAUAAUACAGGAAAUAUUUCACCUGCUAUACAUCAGUACGUUAGCAUGCCAAUGUUAGCAUUAACUCCAAGCUGACAAUAGGCUUAUUUAUGAGCGAUCGAGUAUGAAAAAUCUCCAGUUUUAAUUCCUCAUCAGCGAUAUCAGGAAUUUCUGACGUUAACGGUCAACAAACUAUUGGAAGAAAGGCUCCAUCGUCUCUGAGUUCUCUUGUUAGCAAACCGCGCUAGACAAGCAAACAUUGUGAAGGUGCUAAUUAAAUUGUGUGACUAUAAGGAGAGCAGUGGGAGGAACUGUCAUGCUGCUUCAACGCUCUCUGGGGUCGUUCCAGGUCGUCCCAUUCUGCUGACGACAUGUGAAAGCAGCAUCAGCUGAAAGUGCCUUAAUCCAGCUGAGGGGAGGCAGUUUGUGGGAUCUGGUCCCAGAUCCCAGAACCGUUCCUCACAUUUAGGGGUUCAAAUAACAUGUUUUAGGCAAUUAGUCUACCAUCAUUUGAUUUCUAUUGGUUUUUAUUGACCACGUCUGGUUAAUAUUGUUGGUUGCAGAGAAUCAGACACAAACUUGGAUCCAUAUCAAAUCUGAUCCCUGAUGGUUGCAGCCUCACAGCUGUUAGCAAUGAGGAACUACACUUCAAAGUGUCGUGGCAAGCUGCUACAAACUGAACUGCUGUUGGAAAUGUUGCUGAAACAGAAGUUAACCGUGGCUCAUUUGAGCCCAGUUUACUUGUUUUGACCUGCGAAUCACCGAAACCCUGUUUACGGGAUGAUGUCAGAGCGUUUCAUACAAUCAGUCUCUGGCAGAGUUCAAGUGGAUUUCUUGUUAGUGUGAUACCGUGUGUUGACAAGGGACAAGACUGCAAUUGAGUUGGCCACUUGCUUAAAAUAUCCUGUCUCCCCGCCCUAAAUAGACGGUCAGAGCGCUGCUGGCAGUGGCCAAAGUCUAUUCUGACAUUUACUCAGAUUAUGUUCUCUCUAUGAGUCUGUCUGUGUAUGUUUUACUGUGGAAACUCACUGGGACAAACAUUUGAACCUGAAAGCGGAUUUAGUUUGAGAGAUUUAACUUAUUUUUUUUUUCUGUGUUUUUAGUUUUUGGAAACACACAAGUGUCCUUUCUUUUACAAGGUGCCGCACUGUGACGACAGCAACACUGUGUGGGCUUUCAGUGCCUUUUAAUGUGAAUCAGUUUGGAUGAAGCAUUGUGACUGAGGUGAGGUGGCCGUUUCCAUGACAACACUAGCAUGGAAGCCAGUGGCUCCGUCACUCCGGAUUUCAGGACGUUCGCCGACGACUCGUCAGGUGGAAUCUGCUUAUUCUGCUGCCACACCUGGACUCCUCUCAGCUGUGACCAUGAAGGGUCAAAGUUAUUUAUGAGCUAUUGUUGCCACUCCUCUCACACCCGCACUUGACUCCAACUGAUAAGAUAAACUUUAUUGUACCGAUGCAAUCGACAACAUACUGUAGGUCUGAGAUGGAGGGAAGAAAACAGCAACCAAAGACACUGCAAAUCAGGGAAUAUCUUUAUUUAAAUUAACUUUUUGUAUAAUAUCAAAUCAAUGCAUAUUCAGACUAAAGGAUCCAGGCAUCUGAAGCAUUGGAUCAUAUUUUUUUUUAAAAGUAACAGAGAAAGGGGGGAGACCUUUUUUAGUGCAAUUUCUGACUGAUUUCCACCUUUUUCAAAUCUGUAUAAAAGGAAACUGUGAUUUUA